GAGUGCUUCACUUACUGUCAUUGCGCAUGCGCAGUCUGUUUCCGCGGCAUUUUGCACGGGGUUUCCCCUCAUCAACUGCAUUUGAGAAGGGGCUCGAUGUUCUCUUGUUCAGGUUUGGAAUGCAGUGUAAGCUUUGCAAAUUUUCCCACAGUAGCAGAGAGGUCCUCUUGAAACACUACAGGCUUCGGCACUAUCAAGGGCGAUCCUGGCAGCAUCCUUGCUUGUAUACUGACUGCGUCUGCACUUUUAAAACUAAUAUGCGGCUCCGUGUUGUGUUGGCCCCUGAUAAUAUUAGGAGGCUGGAUAUUUUGGAAAAUCUCACUUCGGUUGAACACUUGAAAACAAUUCUUCAAGAAAGGCUUGAAAUCAAGGAUGAUUUUCUGAUUCAGUUUGAGGAUCCUGAGUUCGGAAAUGAACUCUGUAACUUGACCAAUAUAACAGAGCUUCCACCAGAAAGAGCAGUGCUGAAGAUACUCCAGAAAGUACCUGAAGACUCAGAACCAGAGACCUCGAUUUCCUCUUUAGACACUGCCAGUGUGUCCUCUCCAUCUGAUAGCUCAAACCAGAGUUUCCCCUUUGUGUCUGUGAGACAGCAUGGAAAUUCUCAGUGGCCAUCUCCUUUCCCGAUUCCCAAGUUCUCUUAUGAUGUUGAGUUGCAGCUUGAGAAAGGGAAUGGGAAUUUUAAAGAAGAUGGAACACUGCUCACUGUACCAAGAGAAAUGAAAAUGGACAUCCUGGACAGCAUAGCUCAGGCAAUUUUUUCAUUCAAAGCUUACCCAAACAAUCAAGAGUUGGAGUCUGUGUCUGCUGCACUGAUUGAAAAGUAUCCAUGUCUAAAGGACCCAGGCUCAGGAACAGGUUAUCACAGCUGGACUAUGAGCAUCAAAUAUAAGAUUGGAAACUACCGUCAGAAACUCCGAACAGCAGGUUGCUCUGAAGUCACUGUGAACCAAAAAAGAGUGAACAAUGACUCUAGAUGUUUAAAGAAAGCAAAGAGAUGUGAGAUAAACUUCCUCCCGGACAACCCAGUAGGGCAGACAGAUUAUUCCUUACAAAAGGAAAAAGAUGCACUACAGGAGGAAAUGAAGAAAAAACAUUUCAGCAUGGCAGUUGUUGACUCCAAAAUGGAUCUGACGUUCUCUCUGAGAAGGAAGGAGAUAGUUGAUGAAGAACCUCUUUUUGUGGCUGAUGUCCUAAAACAAUGGCCAGCAUUGUUUUUGGAAGAUCAGGUCUGUGCUGAGUUUUACAGAAUUACACAAACCAACCUGAAGAGUACCUUUUUGUCUUCUUUGGAUGAAUACGCAUCAAAGAUGAUUAUGUUGUACCGAUCACGUGGUGGAGCCUAUGGAGAUGAAAUGAAGACCCUCCUAGACCAACUUGAUCAAGCUUCUGAUGUGCUUGCUCAAAGAAAAGCUACAGCUCUCAAAGGUCUACCUUUGUUUAUGAGGGAAAAGUCUAGAAACUUCCUGGAGUCAUGCCUGGACACAGACCCAGAAAACACUCGCACAAAAGGGAUGAAGAUGGGUAUCUUAACUGUCAUUGAAGAUGACGUUGCCACCAUCCAUUCAAACCCAAAUGUAAGGUGCCUGUCUGUAGUUCUAGAGGAGCAAGUUGUGUUGGAUAAUGUUCAAGACCUCCCUACAGCUGUUGCUCUCCUAUUUGGCUUGAUUUACGCUCUCAACAUUAGCUAUCCUAAAGAACUAAAAUACACUUUUGAAACCAUUCAGAAAGUGUUUAUCGGCCUUGACCCCCAGUGCUCUGCAAGAGUCCAGUCCUUCAAAAACAAAUUGUUAAAGUUUUAA